CUUGGAGAGCCGCCGUAUGACAAGCUCUCUGUUGCUCUGUUCCCUGUUGCUGUGGUAGCCGACGCGUCACACACCAAACUCAAUACAAGUUAGCAUAACGUACGAAAAUAGAAGGAUUUUCACAGCAAGAUUGGACUUGCUCCAAUUUUUUCGAGACUCUUCCUACAACGAAAAGCUUUAGAAAUCAUCCAAGAUGAUGCUGAAAAUUAGCCUUGUCGCCGUCGUGUUCGUUUUCCUGCAAGCGGCUUCUGCGCAGGAAUUCGCCCUGCUGGUGAGGAACUGCAGAGACAAACACCUGUCACGCCUCAACGAGUGCCUCGUGAGCGCCAUAAAGCGCAUCCAGCCUCAGCUGGGUGACGGCAUCCCUUCCCUGAACAUCCCCCCCAUGGAGCCCCUGCUCCUGGAUGACAUCCUCUUCCGGCAGGCUGAAGGUCCUGUGAAUAUCGAGGCGCGCUACCGCAAAGUCAUGGUUACCGGCGCCUCCAUGUUCGACCUGAAAUACUUCGAUUGGUUUGCUGAGGAAAAAAAGAUGUUCCUCGGCAUGACUUUCCCCAUGAUGAUCAUGACUGGUCAGUACAACCUCACUGGCAACGUCUUCCAACUCCCAGUCGAGGGCAACGGCGACUUCGUUGUUAUGCUUGAUGGCAUCGUUGCUCAGAGCGUCGGUGAAAUUUCAGUGGCUGCCGAUGGCUCAACAAGACUUUCCAACAUGAAGCUCAACUUUGACAUCAUGAAAAUGAAGAGCAAACUCAUGAAUCUCUUCAACGGCAACCAAGUUCUCAGUGAGACUCUCCACCACUUCCUGAACAGCAACAGUCAGGUCGUCCUUGACGAAGUGCGUCCAGAAAUCUCGCGUCAGCUCAGCGGUUUCGUCACGAAUUUGCUGCAGGCGCUUAUCUCUUCGCUACCCAAUGAGGUGUUGUCCACCAUCGAAAACUCCAAUACUCAGGACAAACACAGACAAAGAACCCUGCAGGUGCGUGCCGGAAACACCGUCUAGACUCUCUAACUGCGCGGUGGUUCAUCGUCUAGACUUCCAAACUGCGCAGUGGUUCAUCGUCUAGAUUUCCAAGCUGUGCGGUGGUUCAUCGUCUAGACUUCCAAGCUGCGUGGUGGUUCAUCGUCUAGAUUUCCAAGCUGCGCGAUGGUUCAUCGUCUAGAUUUCCAAGCUGCGCGGUGGUUCAUCGUCUACACUCCCAAAUUGCGCGGUGGUUCAUCGUCUAGACUUCCAAGCUGCGCGAUGGUUCAUCGUCUAGACUCCCAAAUUGCGCGAUGGUUCAUCGUCUAGACUCCCAAACUGAGCGGUGGUUCAUCGUCUAGACUUCCAAGCUGCGCAGUGGUUCAUCGUCUAGACUUCCAAGCUGCGCGGUGGUUCAUCGUCUAGACUUCCAAGCUGCGCGGUGGUUCAUCGUCUAGACUCCCAAACUGCGCGGUGGUUCAUCGUCUAGACUCCCAAACUGCGCGGUGGUUCAUCGUCUGGUGGAAAACUGCAUUGUUCACCACUGAGUGGUGAAUUACGCAAUAUAUAGCUUAAAUAUAAGUUAUUUAAUGUAAA